AGUUGUUGAACAGAGGAUUGGAACAGUUGAACAGGUUGAGAAGUUGAUUGAAUGGGUUGGACAGGGUAGGAUUGCCAUUGAACGGGCAGUUGAAUGGACUGGAGUAAAGAUUGAAAUUAUUGAACGGGCGGCAGUUGAACAGGUGGCAGUUGAACAGGCUGGGAUGAAGAUUGAAAUUGUUGAAUGGGCUGUUGAAUGGGCUGUUGAACGGGCUGCUAAACGGGCUGUUAAACGGGCUGCUGAAUGGGCUGUUGAACGAGCUGUUGAACAGGCUGGGGCAAUGAUUGGAAUUGUUAAACUGGGUAGGUUGAUGAUUGAGGUUGUUGGAUAG